CAGAACAACUGCCUGAAAGCAAAGACACGCAGAAACAUGGAGGCGAACACGGAGCGAACGUUUGCUGACUUUGCUGGAUCCUAGAAAAUGAAAAGUUCCGAAAAUUUCGAGGAACUUCUAAAAGCUCUCGGCGUAAAUGUCUUUCUGAGGAAGAUUGCAGUUGCAGCAGCUUCCAAACCAUCUGUUGAGAUUACACAGCAGGGGGAAAGUCUCUCCAUUCAGACCUCCACUAGUGUGCGGACCACUCAUGUGUCCUUCACGGUGGGCGAGUCCUUCAACGAGGCUACGGUGGAUGGACGCCUUUGCACAAGUUUUCCAAAAUGGGAGACCGACCGUAAAAUCACUUGUGAGCAGACGCUGCAGAAGGGGGAGGGGCCUGAGACAUCAUGGACACGUGAACUGACCAAUGAUGGCCAGAUGAUUCUCACCAUGAGAGCCGGAGAGUCGUCUGCACCCGUGUGUAUGAACGAGACUGAAGGAUCCUAAGAUUUCAGUUCAUUCUAUUCCAUUCCAUCUCAACCGUGUCCACAAUGUGCUAAAAUUCUAGUUUAUCAUUGAACAAAUAGCCUGUUCCUUCCACUUUUUGUAUGUU